UUAGGACAUAUAACAUCUGCUUGAUUGAAUUAUGACACAGAAAAAAUAGACUGCAUGAAAUAUCUAGUAUUAAGACUUCGUUAGGUCACGCCCUGUCAGAUUGAUCGAGCUGGCUAGUCAGACUAGGAGUGAGAGAAGCGAACGCAAGACCAACCGAUUAAUUCCUGCAAAACAAUUUUAACCAAAAUCUACUUUGAGUAACUUGAGUUGCAAUUCCCUAGAAAUGUUGGUCAAGAUAGCCGUUCUUAUCGUAAUCCAGCUGGCGUCCGCACAUGGAGGGUCAAUCAAGAAGCGUUCCUUGCCUCCAGGACUUCCCCAGCCACCAAACGAUUUAGAAGCUGUUGCAAAACGUGCACUGUGUCCCGAGGGGGGUGGAGACAAGGAUGCUGGUUGUCCUUACUGGAAGACAUUAGGCUUCUGUAAUCCUGGUAAAGGAUACCUGGACUUCAUGGAAGAGACCUGCCAAGUGACAUGUGGAUUCUGUGAAGCGAGACCAACUCCACCUCCACGUGCAGCUCUUGCCAGAGUGAAUGAGUAUGAGUGUCUGAGAGCACAUAACACGAAGCGUGCCAUCCAUGGAGCAAGACCGCUGACAUGGGAUAGAUCUUUGGUUCGUGAUGCGGAGAAAUGGGCACUAGAGCUUGCUAACAAUGACGAGUUUAAGCAUUCCCCAUGGAGCGGACAAGGGGAAAACCUCUAUUACGUAUCACGUGUUAGUUCGACGCCAAUCACGUGCGAGGAUGCCGUUGAAGCCUGGUAUGACGAAGUUAAAGACUAUCCCUUCAAUCAUCCACCGCGCACAGUCUUUGAUGUUAAGGGGAAACAAAUUGGUCACUUUACUCAGCUGGUGUGGAAAAACACUGAAGAAGUGGGCGUGGCUAUCUCGGUCAUCAAGCGAGGCCUGUGGUACAGCACGUAUGUCGUAGCUCGUUAUACCCCUCCUGGGAAUUAUAACGGCAAGUUUGCGCAGAUGGUUGGAAAUAUUAGAAGUGGAAGAUCCAGCGUGAGCGCUUAUUAGCUGACUGAGGAGCUGCUUCUAUGUUUUGUUUCAACACGCUUCUCUACGUUCAAGAAUGCAGAAAGACGCUUAGAUAAAAUAAAUGCCAUUAUGAUUACGAAGUAGAAAGUCCAUAAAAUCUAUUAUAAUGUCUGUCAAUGUCAGUAGUAUUUAUGCCUUAGUUAUUUACCUUUGAAAAUCAUUAUUCUUACAUGAACCGCUUUCCGUUAUCAAUAUAUAUGCUAGCAUCAUUAUCAAGAUCUUGAUCAUCUGUUCAUCAAUCUUCAUUAUUAAUACUCCAUCUUGAUCCUCAUCAUCAUCACCAUUAUCACCACCAUCAUAUCAUCACCAUCAUCAUCGUCGUCGUCGUCGUUAUCAUCAUCAUCAUCA